AUGGGCUCCUUGAAAUCCCAAAAUAAAGAUAUGCAGCUGUCUAAGUCCCCCUUGGAAAAGACAUCGAGUCAUGAUGAAGGGCUGCCAAGUCGUCAGCCCUUGCUGGAGGCUCUUCAAGCACAGAAACCAUCGCCAUGGUCGCCAAACCUGAGGAAGCUCUAUGGCUUUUGUGUGAUUGCCUUCCUGUGCUCGACAAUGAAUGGAUAUGAUGGAUCUAUUUUUGGGUCCCUUCCCGCCCUUGAGUCGUUCAGGAAUCAGUUCAGCAUCGAGAAAAACGGAGCUAAAACAAGCUAUAUUUCGGCAAUGUACACUGUCGGUGGAAUCUGCUCUUUGCCAUUCAGCGGACCUGCUUGUGACAUGUUCGGGAGAAAAUGGGGCACGUUCAUCGGAUGUGUGAUUGUUGUCGCCAGCACAUUUAUAUCUGCGCUAUCCCACGGUGUUCCCCAAUUUGUGGCUGGUCGAUUCUUUCUCGGCUUCGGGGUGAAUAUUAUUCGAUCAACGAGCUCUAUCUGGUGUGCUGAAGUUUGCCCACCAGCCUAUCGUGGUAUCAUCAUGGCAUUUUAUAAUUGUACGUAUGCAGUCGGAUCCUUGAUUGCUGCCGGUGUCACUAGAGGAUCGGCUGGCUACGCAGGCGCCAAGUCCUGGCAGAUUCCACUUUGGUGCCAGAUGAUAUGCCCUGGUAUUGUUCUCUUGAGCGUCUUAUUCUUCCCUGAGUCACCUCGGUGGCUAUUCUCGCAUACCCAAGAGGACAAAGCAUUGGAAUUUUUGACACACUACCAUGGUGAAGACGAUCCGAAUCAUCCCCUUGUUCAGUUGCAGUUGCAGGAAUACAGAGAGUUUAUCUCACUCUCUGGAUCAGACAAGCGCUGGUGGGACUUUAGCGACUUCUGCACAACCAAGGCAGGCUCAAACCAAGUACUCAAUGUCAGCCUCGGAUACACGGUCGUUUCGACUGUGGCUUCAUACUUGGGCGCCAGCCAGAUUGAGCGAAUGGGCCGCAGACCGACUAUUAUUUGGACAGCAGUCGCUUGCUCUAUUUGCUUCGCAUGUAUCACAAUUGGAACGGGGCUCUUUGCUCACACUCAGGCUACAUCAGCUGCCUCUGCUGGUAUUGCCUUUAUUUUUGUUUUUGGAUUCUGCCAUAAUUUCGGAAUGACUCCGCUGCAGGUUUUGUAUCCGGUUGAAGCUCUGUCCUAUGAAACACGCGGCAAGGGCGUUGGGCUUACCUUCUCCAUCGCCCCUUGA